UGAAACAGCCGUUAGAUUUGUUAGAUUCAAAAUGGCGGAGCCCAGCAGCUUUCACGAGGUGACGCUUUUGCGGGGUGAAUUUCCUCGUUUUAAGGAGCUCACAGUCAGCACAGGUGCAUCGCAAGGUGUAUUGCAAGAUGUGAACCUUCCUGACUGUGCUGGAGGCUAUGCAUAUCGAGACAGUGGAAGAGUAGCUUCAGUCACCCGUAAUCGAUUUAUUUAUUGGAGGUCGUCAAGGGAUAUCCUGGAAUUCCAUGAGGUAUCUUUAGAUCACAACCUGACGGGGAACGCUGUUAGUCUUCUACUCCAGGAUGCACCGAUCCUGCCUCGCAUCACGCUACAUGAGACACACUCACACGUCAUCAUUCUUAUAGCAACCAUCAACAGUGUUCAUCGACUGAUAUUACCUCAUCCCAAUCGUCUGCCCAGAAAUGACGUGUAUUCUCACCAUGCGUCUCUUCCUUCCAUCUUUGCGGAUGUCUCCAUUGCUAGUAUCCGUGACACCACCAACUUCCACGUCAUUGGCCAAGGAGGCUCAGCUACCUACGAGUUUCAGACGAGUUCUUCCUGGCUGACUAGUGAAGGAGAAGCCAUGUUUGCUUUGGCUACUAACGCUGGGAGCGUCGUGGUAGUGAAGCUGCCUCCUAUUGGCAUACAAGGUAUCGUCACCCAGCAUGAGUUGAAGCAAGCUACUGUGAUGCAGCGGUUGUGGACAGGGCUAGUACCUGCUGCAAUGAGGAGAGGCCAGGAAUCAAUGGAAUCUGCCACCAGUUUGACCCUUCACCCUUUGAACUAUGACCUCUUUGCCUUCUGUGCCUGUAAGGAUCAUAAGCUGAGAAUGUGGUCGUGCAAGAGCCAAUCUUGCGUGUUGACUGUUGAUGUCUUGGAUUACAUCUCAAGCUCCUCCGGCCUAACUGACCAGCCGGCCACUAGGCAUGAGAUACAGACUGCACUGGGUAGUGACCAACGGACGCUAGUCCUUGGCAUCUACUUGAGCUUUACUACACAAAGCCAGUUUCUAGUACUACAGCCCGUUCUCCAGGACGGUCAGUACAGACUCAUUGAGGUAGCUCUACUCAAUGACGACCGACGAAACACGCUGGUGGACUUUGGGCUGAACCUGUCCACCCUCUGGGCAGUAUGGAACAGUCCAACCGGGGAGACACUGGUCAAGUUCACUACAUAUGAGGGAAAUUCAAUUGGUGAGCGUGCAUGGAACAGUGUCUUCAUGGAACCAAUCCCCACUCCAGAUGUUAUGGUUCCUCCGUUCCUAGAACCAAGAGAAGCAUACCUUGAUAUCAUUUUCCACCCCGGGCGCUUCUCUAUGCAGUCAGUGUCCAGAGCUCUGAAUAUUUACAGUCGAUCCAGCGGCUCAGCCUACACCUCCUUGACUGAUCUCGCCCUCCAAACCCCAGACCUCCUGCGUGAGGAGGUCACUGCCGUCAUAGAGGCGGAGUUACAGCAGAAAGUGGGCGGUAGCGAGAUGUCUCAGGAGGAAUACCGAGACGUGUUGGAGCAGAGCUGGUCCAGAUUCUAUACAUGCUGUGUGCAGUAUCAUGAGGUUGCUAGUAAGCCACUAGGAAUAAUGUUGGAUCCAAGUACAGGGAUGGUGUGCCUUGUGAAAAAGAACCUUCUGUCUGUUCUGAGACCAUGUGAUGCUGUGGAGCAUCUCUAUCUGGCGCCCUCUAGAGGUGUUAGCCUGCAAGAUUUUGAAGGCGUCCCAUUCGUCAUAGCAGACAAGACCCUUUGUCGUGAUCUGAUAACACUGAGUGACUGUGUGAAGAUGAUAUCGCAGACGUUGAGCCUAGAAAUCAAGAUGUCAUUUGAGCAUGACGUGUCUCAGCUGGAGAAACCUGACGUGAUUGCACAACAGAUAGCUGGAGAUCUGCUGGGUGAGACAAUGGACAGUCCUCAGCUCCCAUCCAUCACCUUUGUCCAGCGACUGACCAGUCGACUACAGUCCCUCCAGGACCCGAUAAGAGCUGUAUUGACCCUCCUGAACGCCAUGGAUCUAGCAGAGGGUGACCCUAUGUCACUAAUGCUGGAUGAUGGAGUCAACGAUGCUAUGGAGCAUCUAUCAACCAGCCAACUCUUCACAAGCUCCCAAGGUGUGGCUGUCCUUGCCGCUAGCUUCAUCCAGAUGUCUUAUACCAGAUACCAGCUGCUGAGGGACUUACUCAUCUUAGAGUGUGCCAUGGUGAAACUGGGAGAUCAGGCUUCUCUCUCCGCCGAUGCUCUUGAUGACUUGGAUUCUGACAUCAUUUCUGAGACUGCAUCUUGUCUCCUAGCUUACUACUCCCUGUACUGGGUCGGUAACUGCCUGGCCAGCACUGUCCCCACCAACUCACUGGAGGCCAACUUGAGACAACUAGCAGCGCUGGAGAUCUCAGACAGUACAGCAGGCCUUGCCUUAUCCCUGACCCAGACCAGGUCAUCUGACAAGACCCUGACUCCAACGCUAGCUGAGCUAUUCCUGGAUGGGGUCGGUGGGUCACAGAUGAGGUCAAAGGUCACCAAGGCUGGAUACAUGAAGAAGAAUGAAUGUGAGACGUGGACGGAGGUGUUACAGCCUUGUGUUGUUUCAUUGGCACAGAUGAUCUGGCCAAUCAGUGGCAGUUUUCUCUUCCCAGAAUUCCUCAUGGGCAAGUGUCAGUACACCCAGCUGCAGGAGUACAUCCGAUUGUUGAAUCCCUGGUGCGAUUGGAACAUCUCAUCUCGUCACUUCCUUCUUGGCCACUGUCUUCUGAAUUCUGGCGAGCCUCGUAAGGCGCUGACCUGCUUCUUGAAGGCGUCUCAUCGCAUCGCUAAUGAGGAUUUCCUCCUGAAUAAACUACUGCUAACAGAAGAACUGGAGGGGAAGAAGCUGGAUAUUCUCUACUAUCUAAAGGUGAUCCGACUACUGGAGCAGUUUUCUCUGCCUGAUCUUGUCAUAUCGUUGGCUAAUACUGCACUGAGUGUAGCUGAUGAUGAUGAUCCCAAUGUGCCAACGUUAUGGUCCAAAGUAUUCAAAUAUCAGCUGGAACUAGGACACAACGAUGAGGCCUAUGCUGCCAUGGCGACAAACCCCGACCCGGAAAGGCGACGGGAUUGUUUGCGUCAGUUCAUCGUUGUUCUCUGCCAACGAGCUCAGACCAAGGAGCUGUGUCAGUAUCCCUACAUUGACCUACAUGAUGAGGUUGUAAGCAUAAUGGAGUCGCGAGCGCGCUCAGUAGAUCUCCUGACGACCCAUAACUACUACGAUCUCCUCUACGCCUUCCAUAUCUUCAGAGGAAACUACAGAAAAGCUGGUAGUGCGAUGUAUGAGCACGCUGUUCGUCUCGGCCUUGAGGUACCCACGUUGGAUGGGUUACGUAAACAAGCCAAGUGUUACUUAGCUGCGAUGAAUGCACUGGAACUAGUCAACCAGGACUUUGCCUGGAUCGUCAAGCCUGUAGCUGUCGAUGAAGCAAACCCUGAGGAUAUGGUGGGGGCAUCACCCAAGAGAAACUAUGAAGGAGAGGUACUGCAGCAACCAGUGAAACGUCAGGUCAAGGUCAUUGAACUCUGUGACCUCCGGAAGGAAUUCCAGUUGGUGGACGCUCGGCUGAAACUUGCCAACCAUGAUCCAGAAUCAGUCCAUACAUCAAUGGGUCCAAUACUUUCUGCAGAUGAAACAAUCUCCUUCCUAGUCCAAGCAGGUCUGUUUGACGCGGCCUGUGCAGUCUGUAAAACCUUCAAGCUUGACCUCACGCCAGUAUUUGAAGGCUUGGCCACAAAGUGCGUGAAGUUAUCACUGAAUGGUCUGAGUGAGACAGCAUGGAAAUGGCUGUCAGUCAAUGAUCUAGGAACGCUACAUCCAUCACGGGAACUUGGUCCGGCAGACUUGGCUUGGCAGCUCCUGAAACGAUACCUGGAGAAACACGACAAAGUUGGCGAUCACACACACUACAAGUGUGUCAUUAACAAGUUGUUAUCACUCGGUUAUCAUCUGCCUAUCUGGCUUGUCUCGGACUAUAAGAGGUUGAAUCCUGCCUCCUUGCUCCUUCUUUACAUCACCUAUGACAUGUUGGAGGAGGCUACGUCUCUUAUGCUUGAGUACAUUGAUGCGGUCUGUGGCAAGGGGUCUGAGUACUUUGGUCUGACGACCUCACUGCGAGAAACAUCUCCAAGUGUCUGGUUACCGUAUCAAUCCAUCGACCAUCUCUUGACCGCCCUCAAAGACCAGACAGACCCCGCCCUCAAACAGUUGUACAGCGAUCUGAAUGAGAAGCUAGAUUCCUACCACAGCAACGUCAAGGUAGUCUCCAAAGAAAUGAUCCGGAUGAGAUCGCUUGGAGCUAAUGCUACUUGAGACAUCUACAGGUCUGAUAAUAUUAACAAAACACUUGAGAAUUCAGAGAAGGGUCAAGGGUCAUAUGUCGUGGCAAUGCUAAGCAGGAAAUAGUGCUUAGCAGAAUUUUGCUUAGCAAGAAUCAGCUGUAAGCCAGUCUUAUGCAAUCCACAAGGAAUGACACAUUGUCGCACAAGUAAACUUGUACAUUUUUUCUCGCAAGCUGUCAGACACUGAGUAUAAAUUUAUAUAUUUGUGGGAUUUAAAACCCAUUAUUCACGGUACAAUAUUUUGGCUAGUGACCUGGGCCCAUUUUCAUAGCGCUGCUAAGCACAUGAUUUUCUGCUAACAGAGCCUCCGUCUAAUUCAUGGAGAUCGUAAGCACCCCAGAGGACCUCAGAGGAAAAAGUUACUUAAAUCAGUGACGUAACAACUGACAUCUCCUUGCCCGCGCAACAGUUUGCACAACACCACCAUGAAGUAGGGCUGAUAAGGUUAGCACAAUUGUCUGUUAUUGUUAGCACAACUUUUCUGCUAACUGUUAAGCAGCGCCAUGCAGCUGGCCCCCAUUUUCUAUGUGAGCUGAGUUACCCAUUGUUUUUGUACAUUUAUGUAGUUCAUGAAUUUAUUUUGGAAGGUUUUGACAUUGGAGCCUUGGCAUAUCCAGGCUUAUAUGUCCACCAAGGGAAAAAUAAGGGAAACAUUUUUUGAAAAUGUUAUCACUGAAUUUUUCUUCGUUAAAUUUGUUUUGCUUGGUUGUUUCGUUUUCAAUGCUACAUUGACGAAGAAAGAGGAGGGGGGGGGGGGGGGGUGUUAGGGGGUAGGCAAGCUUCCCACCACUGUAUUCACCUCUUGAUUUGAACAUCAGAAUGAGCUGACUUUGUUCAUGAGAUUGUGCUGCACAGAUGUCAUCUUAACUGGGAUAUGCAAUGGUUAAAGAAAUUAAAGAGACUAUUUCCAAAACACGAUAUUUGUCAUUUUGUUCACUUUUAGAAUCCUGCUCUCUCCUGGCUGCC